CAUUGUUCUCCUCAUCAUCACCUCAUCUUUCUCGACUGCAACGCUCGCGCUCAUGCUCAUGCUCUCGCUGUUUCCGAUGGCAGGCGUAGCAGCUUGCACGCCACUGACCACUGACUGCUGGCUAACACUAGAGCAUGACAGCACUAAAAUGCAGGUCUACGGAUCGACGCCCAUGCCAAAAUUACGCAGGGCGCUGCGCGAAUGGCCGCUGGGUCGCAUCGCCGCAGAGAGCUGCGGCGUGACUGGUCGCAUGUACGCGCAUAUAGAAACGUUGUCAGGCCGCGUCAAGCAGCGAUAGAAGAGGAGAUACGACCGAAUGGAAUUGUAAUGGAGAUUGGUGGGACCUAGAAAGACUUGAGUUACACAUUACGAACGUGAUAAAAC